AUGAGCACUGGAGAUUCACAGGAUGCAACCUUUAAGAAUUCAAAUGUUUAUGUGAGUUGGGCCUAUCAUUCAUCCUCGACUUCAAUUAGGUCAACUCACACGGCCUAUGAUAGAAAUAUUGCCAUCAACUUUCUUUCUGUCUCGCCAACUGAAACCUACUCAACUGGUAUGAUUAAUUCUGGAACUAGUAACAAUAAUAAUGGAGGUGGUAAUAAUAAUGGUGGCAAUGAUGACAAUGAAGGAGACAAUGAUGAUGACCAUGACAGUGGAGAUUCAAAGAAGCACUUGUAUCAUUUGUAUGCUUUGGGAAUUGCUGUAUUUUCCUUAAUGGUAUUAGGAAUUAUUACCACUAUCUUACCAGCUUCUGUCAAAUCUAAUAUCUUUACUCACUUUUUGCUGUACAGAAAGGUUUCGAAAGUUAUUCCAUAUGAUUUUCCAUUAGUUUCCUAUGUGAAUCAAUUCCUUGAUCUGACUCUUGGUGAGUUGGUUAUCAUUUUAGUAUAUGCUGGAUUGAAUGUUAUUUGGUUUGUUUAUGGAUAUUUGGAAAGUCAAAAGGUUUCGUCUGCAUUUGCAAAGGUGAUUGUAUUUAACUAUAUUUUCCUGUUCAUUCCAGUGACAAGAUAUUCAGUUUUACAAGCAUUAUUUGGAAUUUCAUUCGAAAGAUCAAUCAAAUUCCAUAAAUGGAUUGGUGUCAUGGUUUUCCUCUCUGCAACUGCUCAUGGUAUAGUGGAAUUCAUCGAAUUUAAAGAUAACAUUCCAUUCAUGUUUUCAGUGGAGGAUGGAUAUCCAUUGUUGGGAAUUAUUGCAUGGCUAGCUCUUGGAUUAUUAUUGCUAUUUUCAAUGGAGCCAAUCAGAAGAAAAUUAUAUGAAUUGUUUUUGGUUUUCCAUAUUCCAUUGACAUUUAUCACAGUCACAUUCUCAAUUAUUCAUGGUGAAGGUUGGAUUAAUUUACUUCCAUACAUGGCAUUCUCUAUUAUUUUAAUGGUAAUUGACUGGACUUUAAGAGCAAUUAUUGGAUUUGGUCUUCAUACACAACUAGUCCAUAUAUCCUAUGAUGAAGAGUCUGAAGUGACCACUUGUGUAUUCGAAAAGAGAUUCUUGACCCUGUUCCACAAUCCAAAUCAUGCUCAUUUUGUUUUUGUUUACAUUCCACAAGUUUCCAUUUAUCAACUCCAUCCAAUGACAAUUAGCUCAUGUGAAAAACUUGCAGAUAGUAACCAUUACCGAUUCACAUGCCACAUCAAAAGAAUGGAAGGAGGUUCUUGGUCAACCAAAUUGGCCAAUCUUGCAAAAUCCAACAAACCAAUCGAUUCAUAUCAUGGUGUUAGAGUUGAAGGAGCUUACGGAAAUCUUUCCAUUCCAUUCUUCAAUGACAGUCUCCUCUCCAGAAGUGAAGAUAAAAAGAGAACCAUUGUCUUUAUCGUUGCUGGAAUUGGAGCCACUCCUGCCAAUGCUAUCCUUACAGCUCUGGAAGAUCCAAAAUAUAAUGAACCAACUCCUUACAAAGUCUAUGUGAAUUUAACUUCAAGAAAUGAAGCAAUUCUCAAGCACUUUAGAAUACUGGUCCAACACAAACCAAAUGUAGAUUGCACAUUCUACAUAACAGGAACUAAACCAUCCAAAUCUAUAGAAAUGUUAGAAAAAGGGCAAAGUACUGGAAUUGACCAUAGUACAGAUAGAAGGUUUAUCAGAGGAUCAAGACCAAAUUAUGUUGAUUACUUGAAUGGUGUGAAAGCACAAGUCAAUCAAUCAAAAUCGCUCCCUUACGUUUCAGUGUUUGCCUGUGGUCCUUCUUCAAUGAUGAAUUCUGUUCAUAAUGCUGUGUGGUCAUGUAGUGAUAUGGAUUGUCGUUUCGAAUUACAUAAAGAAGAAUUUGAAUUUUAA